UCUGCAUCUCGCUCUCCCUGCCCUGUCUUGCCGGGCGGAUGCUGAUGUUGCUCUGCUUUCCUCCUCCUCGCAGCUUUCACUCAUUUCCCCUGAUAGGAUGAUGCCAAUGCGUCUUCUCUAGGAUUUUUUUGUUGUUCUUCUUCUUUCUUGUUUUAAAAAAAUAUUCAAAGAGCGACAGUGAAGAGCCACACACAUCAAACACCGCUCCACCCACCCACCCCCGUCUGCCGUCACCUGGACUCGAUAAAUGAAAUUGUGGACUUGAAAUGGUCUCCACAGGAUGAAAAGUUAGAAGACCCGAGAGAACAUCAAAUCAAACAAAGCAGGAGGAGCAUGUGAAUGGCCACAAACACCUUCGCUAAUUCUGACACCAUUCCUACUCAUGGCUUUGCCAACUGCAGGAGGAGUUAUGCCAGUUCCAGAGCAGCCAUCUGCAUCUGAAAAAAACAACUUGCUGAGCCCAAUGCUGACUGCUUCUAAUGGAGAUGGCUCUGAGCCAGAGACCACUUCUGCUAUUCUGGCUUCAGUCAAGGAACAGGAGCUGCAGUUUGAAAGAUUAACCAGAGAGCUGGAGGCAGAGCGUCAGAUUGUUGCCAGCCAGUUGGAGCGAUGCAAACUGGGAUCGGACACGGGCAGCAUGAGCAGCAUUAGUUCUACAGAGGAUUCCUUUCGUUGGCACAUACAAGAUGCACAGAAAGGUGCGGAUGAUGAAAUUGCCAGUGGCUUGGAGCUAGUGGACUCCUGCCUACGGUCCCUGCAAGAGUCGGGUAUACUGGAUCAUCAUGAAUACUCUUCCAGUGAAGGGCCCAGUCUUCUCUCCCAGAGUGCCUCGCAGAACAAUGCCAACCCAGACGGGUCCUACCAGUAUUCGGGCAACUACCACAGCACCCAGACCCUCUCCCGAGGUGACUCAACUACAUCACAACUCUCCGGGAGGACAUCGAGCGGGCAGGUUGGAGCCAGUGUUGGCAUUCACAGCUAUGGGCAGGUUAACCGGGCAGGUGACAGCAGUCGUACAUCAGGGUCGGAGUCGUCCCCAUCCCACGCCACACCACAGUCAAGGGACACCUUCGUACCGAGCCACGCCAGCGCAUUCCGCCUGCCAGAGGCACAGCAUCCAUCUUCGGUCUACUACGUCAGUGCCACGCUGCCCGCUCAGCGAGUGAGCUCGCCCAUGUCCCUCCAGAGGACUGGCUCACCGCCCAAGCUCCAGAGGGCAGGCUCGGCCGCGGAGAGCGGGGUCUACACCACCCAGCGGAUGGCCUCGCCCAAGCAGACGGCCUCCCCCAGCCGCCUGUCCAAGUCCUACAGCACCAGCUCGCCAGUCAACAUCGCCGUGUCCUCCGCCACGCUCUCUCCCUCCCCGCCGGCCAACGCCGUCACCUCGCCCGCGCACCAGCCCAGCUCAGCCCAGCCCAGCUACGCCACGCUCUCGCCCACCAAGCGCCUCACCCACACCUCUGACCCAUACAGCAAACACCCUCAGGAGCUGUACGAGAGGAGUACGCUGCAGAGGCCCGGCAGCCUGGCAGCUAGCUCUCGUGCCUCCUACAGCAGCCAACAUGGGCACCUGGGCCCAGACCUGCGCCCGCUGCAGUCUCCAGAGCACCACAUUGACCCCAUAUAUGAAGAUAGAGUUUAUCAAAAGCCCCCUUUGAGGAGUCUCAGUCAAAGUCAAGGAGACCCGCUCCAGGCAUCUCUCACAGGGACUUAUCGCACUAGUACAGCCCCGUCCUCCCCUGCUGUUGACUCCGUACCCUUGCAGCGCACGGGCAGCCAGAACACAGCCACCUACCAGAGGUCAAGCUACGCCACUGGACCAGCGGCCAACUACGGAGACCCUUACCGGACACUCCAGUAUUGUCCCUCAGUGGAUUCACCAUACAGCAAGUCUGGGCCUGCCAUCCCACCAGAGAGCACCCUGGCACGAUCACCUUCCAUCGACAGCAUUCAGAAGGAUCCCAGAGUUCAACAAAGCAGCAUACCCUGCAGGAAGUGGCGGUCUGGCCCAACCCAGCGUGCAGUACCUGAAACACCAGGGAAGAGAUGUGAGAGAAGAUGGCACACCUUAAUGAAGCUGCCAAGGGAGUUUGGUUGGCGGGAUCCUGAGUUGCCAGAGGUUAUCCAGAUGUUGCAGCAUCAGUUCCCUUCAGUGCAGUCCAAUGCAGCAGCCUACCUGCAGCACCUGUGCUUUGGAGACAAUAAAAUCAAGGCCGAGAUAAGAAGACAAGGUGGAAUCCAGUUGCUGGUAGACCUGUUGGACCAUCGGAUGCAAGAAGUGCAUCGCAGUGCCUGUGGAGCCCUGAGGAAUCUGGUGUAUGGAAAGGCAAACGAUGACAACAAAAUCGCCUUGAAAAACUGUGGUGGGAUCCCAGGGUUGGUGCGACUCCUACGGAAGACUCCUGACGUGGAGAUCAGGGAACUGGUUACAGGUGUCCUGUGGAACCUGUCAUCAUGCGAUGCACUAAAGAUGCCAAUUAUCCAGGAUGCCCUUGUUGUGCUCACCAAUGCAAUCAUCAUUCCACACUCUGGCUGGGAUAUUUCGCCUCACCAGGAAGACCGGAAAAUUCAGCUCCACACAUCAAUGGUCCUGCGGAACGCCACUGGGUGCCUCAGGAACGUGAGCUCAGCUGGAGAAGAAGCCCGGAGAAGGAUGAGAGAAUGCGAUGGCCUCACAGACGCGUUGCUGUUCGUGAUUCAGUCCGCUCUGGGGAGCAGCGAGAUUGACAGCAAGACGAUAGAGAACUGUGUCUGCAUUCUGCGGAACCUUUCUUACCGGCUGGCAGCAGAGACGGCCCAGGGGCAGCAGAUGGGCACGGACGAGUUUGACGGUCUGCUCUGCAGCGACAGUAACGGCAAGGACAGCGAGAGCUCGAGUUGUUGGGGCAAGAAGAAGAAGAAAAAGAAGGGCCAGAACCAGUGGGAUGGUGUUGGACCUCUCCCGGAAGCGGCAGACCCACCAAAGGGUAUCCAGCUCCUGUGGCAUCCCUCUAUAGUCAAACCCUACCUCACACUUUUGUCAGAAUGCUCAAAUCCAGAUACUCUUGAAGGAGCAGCAGGAGCCUUACAGAACCUGGCAGCAGGGAGCUGGAAGUGGUCCAUAUACAUCCGUGCAGCGGUGCGCAAGGAAAAAGGCUUGCCCAUUCUAGUGGAGCUGCUGCGUAUAGACAAUGACCGCGUGGUUUGUGCUGUUGCCACUGCGCUGCGGAACAUGGCCUUGGAUGUCAGGAACAAGGAGCUCAUCGGGAAAUAUGCCAUGCGAGAUCUCGUUCACCGUCUGCCAGGCGGCAGCAACAACACCGGCACUGGGACCAGCACCAUUAGCAAAACCAUUUCCGACGAGACGAUUACUGCCAUUUGCUGCGCUCUGCAUGAAGUCAUUACCAAAAAUAUGGAAAAUGCCAAGGCCUUGCGGGACUCUGGAGGGAUUGAGAAGCUCAUUGGCAUCGCCAAGAGUAAAGGAGACAAACACUCGCCCAAGGUGGUGAAGGCAGCAUCUCAGGUCCUGAACAGCAUGUGGCAAUAUCGAGAUCUAAGGAGUCUUUACAAGAAGUCUAAUUGGCAAGAUGGAGGUCCAUCAGGAGGGAAGCCAGCAGCACAAGGCCCCAACCAAGAUGAACAGGACGGAUGGUCUCAGUAUCAUUUUGUGGCCACAUCUUCUACAAUAGAACGAGACAGGCAGAGACCCUACUCUUCGUCACGCACUCCCUCCAUAUCACCAGUCAGGAUGUCCCCGAACAAUCGCUCAGCGAGUGCCCCAGUUUCUCCGCGAGAGAUGAUUAACUUAAAAGAGAGAAAGUCUGACUAUGACACAACCGGGACCAACUCUGGCUACCAUGGGAGCAAAGGGGAACACACCUCCAGAAAAGAUACUGUUCCAGCUCAGCUCUCUGUCGUGGCUGGAUCAGGCUACAGGAACUCCUAUGCUACUCCAGUUGAGGCUAUCAAGCACAACCAGGUUUCAUCACAACCUGUUGCACAGGAACCCAGUAGAAAAGACUAUGACACUUAUCAACCCUAUCAAAACUCUACAGGAAAUUAUGAUGACUCUUUCUUUGAAGACCAAGUGCACAGUCGCCCAGCAACCAGUGAAUACAACAUGCAUCUCGGCCUGAAAUCAACAGGCAAUUAUGUUGAUUUCUAUUCUGCCGCACGUCCCUAUAGUGAGUUAAACUACGAAACAAGCCACUAUCCAGCCUCACCUGAUUCUUGGGUCUAAGCAGAGGUGGCAGAUACUCAAGAAAAAAAAGACCCUGGGAACUGUGCAUGUGCAUGAAUAUCACAAGACAUUUUUCAGCAAGUCUUAGACUGUCAGAGGUCUGUUCCCUAAGACAGUCAUUGGGUGAAGUGUGGUAGAUGGUGGUCGGAUGGAUAAGUACUGAGAGAAAUGCAAGUGACAUUCAGCUCAUAUGAAGGAAAUGGAAGAUUUGCUCACCAGAGAGCAGGGGUUAUGGGUGUGGUGGGAAAUGAUUAAAAGUUCCUGGUGUGUAUACAGAGGAGGGUGGUUGGGGAGGGGAGGGAGGGGGGAAUACUAUUAUUCAUGUGCAAAGAAAAUGGCAUUGUGGACAGCAGUGAAAGUUGGCAAUGGAAAGUGGCUGAAAGUGACAGGAGGGAAAUGGGAGAGACCAAGUCAAAGGUCAAGCACAAGAGCUUGAAUGUGUUUACACUUGUUACGGGGACAGUCUGUCACCUCUUGAAGACCAACAUUCUCGUGUGUCACAGCUUGUAGUUUUCAGUCCGGUUUUCUUCUGUACAGCAAGACCAUUUCUCUCGCCGCCUGCCUGGGUUCAUUUUUUUUCAUUUUAAUGCUUUGUUGUGAAGUAUUGGAUGUACAUUACUGAUCAAUGAGAGCAUUGUGUCCAUUACAGCAAUGCCAAAGUACUCCUUCUGUCUCUUGUUCUUAAUACUAUUUUAAUUACGAACAACAAAAGUGUAAGCGAGUUUGAGCAGAUGUGUGAAUUUCCAAGUUUUCUUUUUUAUGAAGUAACUAACUGAAGGAAGUAUUUAGCAGUAUUGUUUGUUCUGGUAUGUGGAAUUGUUUGUGUGGUCACUAACUGAAAACCCCAUCAGUCGCUAAUAUCAUGAGCAUCAUUUCACAAGCUCAUUUGAUGAGACACGCGCUCUCUCUCUCUCUCUCUCUCUCUCUCUCACUGCCUAAAGUUUUAGAUGUAGAUAUUUGAAGACAAUUUUUCAUUUAUACCAGUUUUGUUUAUGACAAUACAGUGUUAACAGUAAAUAAAUGAAGUUGUCAUCCAUGUUUGUAAAAAAAUAUUCAGGAAAAAAUAAUUUUUUCCCAUGUUUCUUUCUCUUGAUACAAAAUCAACAAUAGUUCCAAUGUGCCAUAAAGUCUGUCCGUGUCAAUCUGCAGUAUCCCUUUUCAGGCCUAAAUCAGACUGAAUUUAAGAAAAAGACUUGGGCAAGUGGAUAAGAGGUAAUACUAACCUAAUAUAUCAAGAGGGAGGUCCAUAGGAUCCGAUGGAACACUGGUUUUACACUCUACCUAUUAUUGUUUUAAUUCGUUUUCAAAACACCCCAUGUAAAAUGACAUUGACUAUAACACCCACCCUAAUGUCACUUAAUUACCUUAAUUACACUAAAAAGAAAAAGGGUGGAGUAUGGUGUAAAAUCACCAUUGCACUUAAUCUCAUGGGUUUUCAGGUGGGCGGCUUCAGUUAAAAGUGAAUUCCUCACUUCAAGCCUUUAAUGAGCAUGUGUUGAUGUGUAUGCCCAAACCAUAGAGCUCCUGAUCUUGAUUUGGAAACAUUCGAGUCAUUUUACAACAUACCUGGGAUUGACAUAGAGACUCAAGGGUUUUAUUGUAUUUGACGUGCUGUGCUGCGGUCCAUGGAAACAAGUACCUUUUUCAAAGGAUUGCAUUAUAUAUUAAGAAACACUGAAGGGUGGUGGUGUACUGAAAGAUAUGUUCUAUUUAGCUGUGAUUCAAAGUUACCUGUGUAGGCAGAUGUAAAAGGUAUACUGCCCUCUUUAAAAUAACAUUGUUUUUGAGAAUAGUGCAGCAGUACUCAUUGGUGCCAAAUGAGAAGUAAAAAAAAUGCUUCAAAUUCUAAUUGUAGGAAAAAAUACUCUGAAAAUCGAUGGGUAGCUAAUUGUCCUGCUGGCAGUUUGUAGAUGUAGAUAGACAAGAUUUAAAUUUGUUAAAUGCUUUUUACAGUGUGUUUUGUCAACAAUGAAGAAAAAAGGGUAAAUGGCAUUCUUGGUUAUAUGGAGAUUAUAUAGCCUUUAAACUGCAGUCUUGAAAGAAAACUGGGUGAUGUGAUUUAAAAAAAAUAAACUGAUGCUAUUAAACAUUU